AUGUAGAUGAACAAAAAUAGCACCAGAUAAGUAUCUCUUGACUCUAAUGAGCUCCCUCCUCCUGAUAGACCAGAACCAAAGGAUAGAAAAUUCACUUCUGAAGUAAUAGAAAAAGUUAUUAGAGAGGUCAAAGAACAAUUAGCUGAUCCUGUACUAGCUCUUAUGUUUGAAUAAGAUUUCCCUAACACUCUUGAUACAACUGUUUAUUACUUUGGUAAAAACGAAACAACUGGGAGACCUGAUGCUUUUAUCAUUACUGGUGAUAUUUAAGCUAUGUGGUAGCGCGAUUCUACAAAUUAGGUUUUACCUUAUCUUCCUUAUGUUAAUGAAGAUUAAAAGCUAAAAGAUUUGAUUAUUGGAGUUAUCAAUAGAUAAAUACACAAUGUACUCAUCGAUCCAUAUGCUAAUGCUUUCAAUUUUAAAGAGCAAGUAUCUCCCUUUACUACUGAUAAUACUACAAAACUACUUCCAAAUAAUACUCGUGUAUAAGCAAUGAAUCCAUACAUUUGGGAAAGAAAAUAUGAAAUAGAUUCUCUUGCUGCAGUCUUGAAGUUGUAGGUAGAAUUCUAUGAACAAAGUGAAGGUGAUGAUAGCUUUAUGCAUGAAGAUUACUUCAGAAGCUUAGAAAUUAUUUACUAAACUCUUGUGGAGAAUCAACUUGGAACUAAAUAAGAAGAUUAAGUAAAAAGAAUUCCAUACACCUUUUAACGUGAAGCCAGAAACCCUACUGAUACUUUAAGUCAUGGCAGAUAAAAUUUAUGUACUGGAUAAGGUGGCAUGAUAAAAAGUGCCUUCCGUCCAUCUGAUGAUGCCUGUACUUUUGCAUAUUUUGUUCCUGGUAAUGCUAUGCUUGUUACUUAUUUACAAAAAACAGCAGACAUCAUUCAAACUAAGAACCCUGAUCUCAGUUAAAAGUUAUCUUAGCUUGCUUUUUAAAUUAAACAGUCAAUUUAUUCAAAAGCUAUUACUAAAGAUAUAAAUGGAAAUAGCGUUUUUGCUUAUGAAACUGAUGGCUUUGGCAACCACUUUAAAAUGGAUGAUGCAAAUAUUCCAAGCUUGCUCAGUUUACCCUAUUUGAAAUUUAUUGACCAAGAUGAUCCUCUUUAUUAAAAUACAAGAAACAUGGUUCUUGAUUCAAAUUAAAAUCCUUACUACUUUAGUGGAAAAGAUGGUCACGGUAUCGGUGGUCCUCACGUCGGAGAUGAGUACGUAUGGCCUAUGGCUAUAAUAACAAGAGCCAUAACUUCUAAUAAUGACCAAGAAAUUUUGGAAUGUUUAGAAAUUUUAAAAACUACCACUGCAGGAACAUACUUUAUUCACGAAUCAUUUUUAGCUAGAGAUUCUAAUAAUUUCACUAGAGAGUGGUUUGCUUGGGCUAAUACAUAUUUUGGUGAAUUAAUAUUAGAUUUAUUAUAGAGAAAGCCUUACCUUUUGACAAAAAAGGUAUCUGAAAAAUGA